AUGGAGGUGGUAACUGAUGAAGGCGUGUUUGGGGGAGGUACGACUGUGGGAGGUGCGACGGGAGAAGGUGCGACUGUUGCAGGUGCGACGGGGGAAGGUGCGACUGAGGUAGGUACUUCUCGAAACGGUGCUCCGAGUGAAACCGUAACGACGGUGUCACAGGAUUUUCCCGCCGAGUUGACAAUGUGCGAUGUGACUGUAGGCGACGCGGUUGAGGGCGGUUCCGGUUCGGCGCAGAAAAGGGAGGCAGGCGAUUGUAGCGAAGGGAACGGAGCGCGCGACAGUAUCGAAGUGAGGGAAAUAAGUGCGUGUAAGGAGAGCGCGGCGGUGAAAGGAGGGAUAGAGGGUAGCGACGCGAAGGGAGUGAGCCGUGCGGAGGAAAAGGGAACGGAGGGAGUGAUUAAGGAGGAGGAAGAAGGGGUAAGGGAAAAGGAUGGCGAGACUGGGGCGAAGGAGAAAGAGAGUAGAGAGGAGGAGGGGAAGUUGGGGAUGGUGGAGGAGGAGGAGGGUAGGGUGAAGGCAGGAGAGUUAGAGUUUGGGGCAGGAGAGGCAGGCUUUAAGGCAGGAGAGGCAGGCUUCAAAGCAGGAGAGGCGGAGAUUAAGGAGGAUGGGAAGGAGGAGGCUAGGGACAUGGAUCAUGAAGGGGUUAAGUGGAAGGAGGAGGAGAUGAUGGGCGGAGAAGAAGAGAAGGAGGAGGUGAAGGGGAAAGAUGUGGACGAUUUUACUUUUGAGGCGCCUCAAAGGGCUAGGGACAUGGAUCAUGAAGGUGUUAACGAGAAGGAGGAGGAGAUGAUGGGCGGAGAACAAGAGGAGGAGGAGGUGAAGGGGAAAGAGGUGAAAGAAGGUGGAAUGGGGGUGAUGCAGGAGAAGAAAGAGGAGGAGAUGAUGGGCGGAGAAGAGGAAAAGGAGGAGGUGAAGGGGAAAGAGGUGAAAGAGGGUGGGGUGGUGAUGCAGAAGAACAACGAGGAUGGGAAAGAAGAGGCUCGGGUCAUGGAUCAUGAAGGCGUUAACGGGAAGGAGGAGGAGAUGAUAGGAGGAGAAGAAGAAAUGAAGGACGUGAAGGGGAAGGACGUGGAAGGGGGUGGGGUGGUGAUGCAGGAGAAGAAAGAGGAUAGUGAGGAAGAGGAGGAGGAGAGUGAGGAAGAGGAAGAAAGUGAGGAGGAUGAGACUGAAGCAGAGGAGGAGAGUGAGGAGGAGGAAGAGAGUGAGGAGGAAGAGAGCGAGGAGGAAGAUGAGGAAACAGCAGAGGACGGGGAUGAAGCAGAGGAGGAGGAGGGGGAGGAGGAAGAGGAAGAAUUACGCAAUGGCAUAUUGAUAGAGGAAGAGGAGGAGGAACUAGAGAGGCUUGAGGGGCACUCGGGGGACACAGGGGAGCCGGUGAGUGGCUUGGUUGGUGACUGGCAGGCAGGAAUUAAGGCAGGGGUUAAGGCAGUAGGGUUUGACCAGGGUGUGGCUUGA